UGAAGUUACCGGACCUGCUGGCGAGUAGUUCACUGCCGCUUCUGCAUCCUGCACGGGCAGCACGGAGCCGUGUCUCCCUCCCCAGUCUCGGUGGAGGAUGAGCAAAGGAAGCCAGACUACCUUUUAAAGUAGACUAAGCGUUGACUUAUUUCUUAUAUUAUUUUUUUUCUUCUCUUUCAUUCUCGUAGAGGACUUUCCCCUGUCGGUUAAACGUACGUUAGUCCCAGUGACGUGCUGCGGUUAGCAUUGUCACGAACUUUCCAAAACACAGCGUUAACGUUAGCUAAGAAACGUUCUGUUCUGUGUCGUUUCGUCGUUUUUACGUUUGAGGAGCAGUCUCCGUGGAUGUUGUGUGUGCGGACGUGCUGAGCAGACCUCCGUAAAGGAUUUCAGAUGUAAUCCUGCUGUUCUUUACCUUCCUCUUCUUUGGACCAUGUAAUGACCCCAAACAAAGAGACAGACGCUCCAUUGUUGCUGAGGAGAAGUAGGCGUUAUGUGGUUGUGCACUGGGAUGAUUUUGAUGGAGUGAGACAUUGCUGUCAAGGGAGAUCUACAAGAAAGCUAAUAUCUGGGUUAACACAACUGAAGUUGCAACUUGGAGUCGUAUCACCUGCAUUCAAACUCUAAAAUUGAAUCGAACUGAAAAAUGGAUGGAAUAGACACCCUGCAGAGCUCGGCCCCAGAGACCAAGGCUGAACGAAUUGCUCGAUACAAGGCAGAAAGGAGGAGGGAGCUUGCCGAGCGGUACGGCAACACAGACGAAUUCACAUCCAAAUAUGUCCGCAGGGACAGGAAAAUUGGUGACACAUCUGAAAUAGUGUCUUCAGAAACAAAGGAGAAGGAAGAACAUGAGGAUAAUGGGUCAGAGCAAACCUAUACCAGGAGGGGCCUCAGGAAUAAAGUAGCAGAACCUGAUGAGGAGCCUGUGAAGGAAGAAGAGGGCACCGCUCACCUCAAAUCAGACUCAACUUUAUUCUCUAAAUCAGAAGCUGUCUCAUCCACAAAGACAUCCUCCCACUUCAGGCUGCUGGAAACUGAUGACACAGAGGAGCCAAAGGUUGACGAGAAGCCUGCGGACUCGGCCCAGAGGACUUCCAACGUGUCUCUUUUUAAGGACCUGGAGGGGGCAGAGGAUGGAAGCAGCGGCCGACGUGCCAACAACAGGCUAAAGUGUCAGCUGACGAGCAGCGACGAAGAGGAUUCCUCUACCAGGCUCUCUAAAACGGAUAGAGGCAAAGUCAUGGAGGAGAAAGAGGCCACAGAUGAAUAUGUUGUCACUGUUGAAGAAAAGCCUGCCAGUCUUCUCUCGGACAGAGCUCCCCCCUUCAGCAAGAACAAAGACGGCUCCCCCCCUCCCUCUCCUCCCUGUCAGCCUGCCUCACUGCAGCGCCAAGACUCGGGGCCUCGAGGCAUCAAGGGAAUCCUAAAGAAAAGCCGCUCCACCAGCGUGGAGUCAGACCACAGCGAGGGCUCGGCGCCUGAUUACACACGGGCCCGACAAAGCAGCAUCACCCUCAGCCACCCCGAGAGCGGGGAGGAGAUGGAGGAGGAUGAGAUGGAAGAGGAGGAGGAGGAGGAGGAGGAGAUGGAUGAAGAGCCCAAUGGGAAAAAUGACAGAGAGGAUGAGUCAUUAACUGAUGAGAUCACAGAUGGAGGGUGCUUCAGCACAGACAGACAGCAGACGGAGGGAAGCAGUGGUAGCAGCAGGGGGAGUUGUGAGGAGAUGCGAAGUCCCUCGCCUGUCGAGAGUCUGGAACAGUCCACCGUGUCAGAGGAUGUUGAGGAGCUGGAGAGCAGUUUGGAUGGAAGCCAGGGCUCCUCGCUCAAACAGAGACUUGCAGAUUUUAGUGGUGAACAUGAGAAGAAGGAUAGAGGGAAAAAGGCCAAACCCUUUGAGCAGGUCCAGACGCCACUAACUGAGCGCUUCGAACAGCUGCAUGAUGCUGAAAAUGCUUGGAAGAAAAAGAAGUCCAGUAUAGACCCGGUAGCCAAAAUGUCGCUGGCUGAGAGGAUGAAGAUCCUUAAAGACAAAGAAGAACAGUGGAAGAACAAAGGCAAGGGGGCAGCCAACGACUCCAUCCAGUUCACUGUGGCUGGACGCAUGGCCAAGAGAGGUCUUGUGACAGAUACCGGAAAGGAAGAGUCGCCUCUUAUUUCUCUGAAGAAGUCUAAUGCCACACCUGUGAAGCCGCUGGAAGAAAUCUCCAGUAGAGCUGAUGUGAAGGUGGAAGGAGAUAAAAGACUCGACAAGCUGGAGUCUUUCCUCGACAAGCUCCACAAUAAAGGCGUGAGCAAAAGCAAAACCUCCACCAUCGAGGUGACAACAGAGACGGAGAAAGAGGUGAUGACCCUGGAUGAUGACGAGACAUUUGGCAACUUCUACAAAUCCGUCUCACCUUCGUCUCUCCAGGACUCGAGUGUGGUGCUGACGGAAGAGGACCUCAGCCAGAUCCAGGCCGAUACACCCAAGCUAACGUCAGCUGUAGCAGAGCACAAGCGAGCAGUUCGACCAGCCAGAAGAAAUCAGGGCUCCAGGAAUCCUCUGCGGGCUCUGGCUGCCCGCAACGACAUCCGCCAGGUCUACACCGAGCAGAGGCUGAACGUAGCAUCGGUGGAGACCAAGAGGAUCCAAGUGGAGAGAAUGGCAAAACACUCAAGAAAUCCAAACCUGGCUGAUGUGGCCUUGGCAGGUCUCGCCAGCAAAGAGAACUUCCGCAAGGUCAACCUGCGCAGCGUCAAGUCCACCGAUGUUGUGACCAACAACAGCACCCUGCCUUUCAACAAGCUCAUGCUCAUCCGUAUUAAAGGUCGGAGGCACGUCCAGGUGCGCUUGAUGGAGCCCACAGCCAGCUCUCUGAACAGCGGUGACUGCUUCCUUCUCAUAACGCCAAAGCACUGCUUCAUGUGGAGCGGAGAGUUUGCCAACGUCAUUGAGAAAGCUAAGGCGUCGGAGAUGGCUCAAUUUGUUCAGGCCAAGAGGGACCUCGGGUGUAAAGCCCCACAGGUGACGGUGCUGGAGGAGGGCAUCAACACUGAUAGUCGAUGGGCCAGAGAGUUCUGGAGCCUGCUGGGAGGACAGACCAAAUACAGAGGAGCAGGGGAGCCCGAGGAGGACGAGCUGUAUGAGAGUGGUAUAUUGGACUCUAAUGGUGUAUACCGACUCCAGGGAGACAAACUGGUGCCUCAUGAAGACGCCUGGGCCUCCAUACCGAGUGUCUCUAUGCUCGACUCCAAAGAGGUGUUGGUGUUUGAUUUUGGCAGUGAGGUGUACGUCUGGCAUGGGAAAGAUGUGUCUCUGAGCGACAGAAAAGUUGCUGUAAAACUGGGCAAACAGCUCUACAGCGGCAGCUAUGACUACAGCAACUGCAGAGUGAACCCUUUAGAUGCCUCCUGCACCGAGAAUAAUGUGCCUCUGCAGGGGCAGGGUCGCCCGAGCUGGACUCUGUAUGGCCGUCUGUCGGAGCACAAUGAGACGGCCCUGUUCAAAGAGAAGUUCCUAGACUGGGCCGAGAGGAAGAAGGAGGAAGCAGCAGCUCCAGCUGAGGAAGUCAAGAGCCCAGUCCACACCACUGAACGCCCCUCGUUCGACUUGGACCUGCAGCCAUGUGAUGCCAAGGCCCUUCUUGACAACGAGCCCGAACCAGUAAAGACGGUCCUGGAGGGGGUGAACGUCCAUCGGGGGCAUGGUGUGGUGAGGGCGGACGAUGGGAGACAGGCAGAGCUGGCGACAGUCGCUGUUGAUGCCUGGCACAUCAAAGAGCACGGUGAGGAGGAGCUGCCCAAAGAGAGCCUGGGCCAACUGCACGAGGGCGACACCUACAUCAUCCGCUGGACGUACUCUAUCACUACACUUGUGGGGAAGCGACAAAAACCCGGAGAGCUGAGCGCCGGUGCUCCUGGACGAGAGAGGACCGCCUGCUUUUUCUGGCAAGGCCGUCACUCCAGCGUGAGCGAGAAAGGAACCUCGGCUCUGAUGACGGUGGAGCUGGGGAGCCACAGGGGUUCACAAGUGCUGGUGACUGAGGGAAAAGAGCCUCCGUGCUUCCUCCAGCUCUUCCAGGGAGGUUUGAUCAUCCACAAGGGCAGCAGAGAAGACAGCAGCAACAACACGGGCGGCUGGAGGUUGUUCUGCGUCCGUGGUGAGGCAGAGAGGGAGGCCAUGCUGGUGGAGGUGGAUUGCCAGCAUGCCAGUCUGCGCUCUCGUGCCAGCCUGGUGCUUCUCAACGCUCAGAAAGGCCGUCUGUACCUGUGGCACGGCUGCAAGGCACACGCCGGGGCCAGGCAGGUGGCCAAAAGAGCUGCGGACAAAAUAACUGAGAGAUGUCCCUCAGAGUUAGGUCUGAGCAGCUACAGCAGGUUGGAAGUGGAAGAGGUGGAAGAAGGAUCUGAGCCCACAGAGUUCACAAAGGCUCUGGGCCCGCAGGACAAGAAGGCCUACGACUGCAUGCUGCAAGAUCCAGGGAAGUACAACUACACCCCACGGCUUUUCAGGCUGAGUGCCAGCUCAGGGGUGUUCGAAGGGGAGGAGAAGCUGUAUCCAGCCAGGGUGACAGAGGGAGUCAUGGCGAUGCCCUUCCUGCAGGAGAAUCUCUACUCAGCGCAGCAGCCAGCCUUAUUCCUGCUGGAUAACCGGAUGGAGGUGUACCUGUGGCAGGGCUGGCAGCCUGACGACACACAGUGCACCGGCUCAGCAAAGAUCCGCUGGAACAACGAGAGGAAGUGCGCCAUGGAGACGGUGCUGCAGUACUGCAAAGAGAAGAACCCUCGACGCCCCCCUCUGGCGUAUCUGGUCCUAGCAGGCUGUGAACCUCUCACCUUCACCAACAUCUUCCCAUACUGGGAAAAGGACACCAGUGUCGCUUCUACGGUCGAGCACUCCAAGAACAAGGUGAUGUUAGUGAAGGAGGCGCUGUCCAAACUCAGUAAGCAGCAGUACUCCAUCGAGGAGCUGACCAGGAAACCGCCACCAGAGGGAGUGGACCCUCUACGCCUGGAGGACUAUCUGUCCGACCAGGACUUCAAGACCCUUCUUGAGAUGAGUCGAGUUGAGUUCAACGCCCUGCCAAACUGGAAGCAAAAGAACCUGAAGAAAAGCAAGGGCCUGUUUUAAAAACACAAAUCUGCCUGUCGUUUUUAAUGCUCCCAGCCGCUUUUCUUACUUUUUUUUUUCUUUUUUUUUUUUUUACUCCAAGAAAGGAAAAAAAAAAAUCAGGUCCCAAUUUUGUAAAAGGAUAAAGAAACGAAAAUGUACAAUUUUGUUCAAAUGUCUAUUUUUUAAGAACAAUUCCGUUUUUAACUUGUCUUUGAAACAUUUUAGCUAACCAUUAUGUGCAAUUGUUAAUCUUUUUGAUGGCAAGAUGUUUCCCUUGUAUGUUAGAAAAUAGUUACUCUCACGUUAUAAAUAUGUAAUAUACUAUAUAUGAAUGUGUUUUUAUGUCAAUUUCUGUGGGAGAAUGGGUUUGUAUGAAAGUCACCUGUGAUUUUUCUUUUUUUUUUUAAACUGGGGGACUUAUUGAUCCAUUUUAGAAUUCAUGGGAAAAAUCCAGCUCUGUGUAAUGGGAUUAAAUUGCUCAGCAGAAAUGUCUCCACUUAGAGGAUGACAAAAAAAAAAGACGCCAAACAAUUGAGAGUUCUGAGAACAAUCCCUGUAAUUUGUGAUGAAACAAGAUUGUAAACUUAAUGCCUGACCCCACUCAAAAACAUUCAGUUUAUCUUCUCCUUCUAAUAGAAGUGUGUGCAGAGGUUGGUGUAACAGAGUCCAAAAGUUCAAACUCCCAAAGAAAAUUAAAACGUGAAGUCUUUGCACAUACACCAUCACAUCUGUCACUGAAACAGACCCAUUUAUCUCCAAGUUCGGUACUGAAUACUUCCCGGCUCACAUGAAUAAACUGCCAUGGUGACAGCAAUGGCAGCUGUCUGAUCAACUGGUUGUUUGGGACCAAAUUUAAUCUUCUUGUCUUGUUAUAAAUGUUUUUUUUAUUUUGUGAAUCUAUGUGUAUGAGUGUGAUAAUGUGAAACUUUAAAAGUAUUAUGUGUGUGUGGGUGUAUGAGAGAGAGAGACAGCGAGAGAGUCACUGUGCUGUAUAAACUUCCUUUAUAGCUGUAGCUGAAACCACAAAUGUAUACUUCAAAAUGUGUUGAACAAACUGCCAUGUCUGAAUUAGGAAUUUUUCUGCAUGAUGUUCACAAAAAGUUCUGCUUUACAAUCAUGUAUCAAUUUGUGAUACAUCGGCGUUGGAGACCGGCUUCCAGGCACAUAAAGGUGAACAUUGGUGGUGGGGGAACACAACGAGGUAUUAACACUCAAGAUUCCCUUUUAAAUAAAGUAUUUUUAAAAAUG